GCCCCGAGUUCAGGCCUUGCCAAGAAGUCAAAUGUCCAAAGCUCGGUUAGGCCUAAAUCUGAGAAAGUGCAACUGAUUGAGCAUAGGCGGGCAUGUAAUUGUGAAAUCAUGCUUUCGAAAGUGAAGGUGCCAUUGUAGGAUUUAAUGAGUUCAGUGCUAGCACUGGAAGAGUCGCUUGACGUUGAUCAGGUUGAGAACCUCAUAAAGUUUUGUCCUGCAAAAGAGGAGAUGGAAAUAAUCAAGAGUUAUAAAGGGGAAAAGGAGAAGUUAGGGAAAUGUGAACAGUUCUUCAUGGAGUUAAUGAAAGUACCAGGGGUAGAAUCUAAGCUCAGAGUAUUUUCAUUCAAGAUUCAGUUCCAUUAUCAGGUUUCCGAUCUUAAGAAUAGCUUGAAUGCUGUGAAUGCUGCUUCAGAAGAGAUCAGGAGUUUUGUCAAAUUAAAGAGAAUUAUGCAAACAAUACUUACUCUAGGAAAUGCUUUGAACCAAGGAACUGCCAGGGGUUCUGCCAUUGGAUUCAGAUUAGAUAGCCUUCUUAAACUGACUGAGACACGUGCACGGAACAACAAAAUGACUCUCAUGCAUUAUCUUUGUAAGGUGUUAGAUGACAAAUUGCCUGAAGUUUUAGACUUCUCUAAGGAUCUUGCUAAUCUAGAGCCAACGGCAAAGAUCCAAUUGAAGUUCCUGGCAGAGGAGAUGCAAACUAUAAACAAGGAUUAGAGAAAAUUGUACAGGAAUUAUCCACUUCUGAAAAUGAUGGUCCUAUAUCAGAAAAGUUCCGCAAGAAAUUGAAAGACUUCCUCUGUUCUGCUGAAGCUGAAGUCCG